GUGGCACACGCAGGGUACGAUUUGCGUUCCAACCGUCGGCUUAAGGUGCUGGAACUGGAGCAGGCAACUCCACACUACUAGGCGCUUAUGUCUCGCGACCCACGACGCCCAUGGCAGGCAAAAAAAAAAAACAAGCGGAAGGUACGCGGGUAAGCCCAUCGCUGCCUGGCAGAAUGGAAGCCGUAGCAGUGUCUCCACUGACUGACUGACACUAUCUCGAGAAUAUACACAUGCACACCGUUCGCCGCCCAGAACCAUAUACACAUCCGAAUCGGUGAUCGAAUCGAUCGAUUCCGAACGAAGACAGUGUAGCCAGUUGGAGGUGAGCAAUCCCUUACGGUGUGCAGAGCAGUACACAGCGCAAGCGAAGGACGUGUAGAGCAGUUUUCAAAGCGAUAGUUCGAUCGGAUGCUACCGAGCAGACGGACCAGAAACGGUCACUAGACAUCGGACCAGCUGGACGCAUGAGGAAUCCCAUCGAUACCGGGGGUUCUUCUGGCCGCAGUGAUGAAACGAAAGCAACGCCGCUACAGAACGACGUUCAACUCACUGCAGCUGCAGGAACUCGAGCGUGCCUUCCAGCGGACGCACUAUCCGGACGUGUUUUUCCGCGAGGAGCUUGCAGUACGUAUCGAUCUCACCGAGGCCCGCGUCCAGGUCUGGUUCCAAAACCGUCGUGCCAAGUGGCGGAAAAGCGAAAAGACCACCGUCGGCGGAACAGGUGAGCCAGAUUCGCAACAGGACCAGCAAGACCCACAGCAACUCUCCACGUCAUCAUCAUCGUCUACCGGAACGACCACACUUUGCGCACGUGUUGACGGAACGGGUGAGGGUGUGCUGGGUGAAGUGGGUAUACUGGUGGAUGUGGGCGAUGGAACAGCUGGAAGCAGAAUGCUGGACGAUGAGGAAGAUGACGAUGGGUUGGUGCUUACUGACGAGGUACUGCACGGUAUGGGUGGAACACUCAAAUCUCAGCAUCAUCCCCAUACGGUGGGCGUUUUGGGAGGCUUGGGGAAAAGUGCAGGACUGAGCGAUCCAAUGUCGGCUGAACAGUCGAGCCAUCAUCAUCACCACCUACAUCAUCACCUGCAACAGCAACAUCAACACCAGCUUGUAGGUCCGAGCUCUAGGGCGUCCUUACUGGAUGCAGUAGAUGUCGGUCUACCUGGUAGCUCGAGCACAGCGGGACUUUCCUUCGACGGUGGUUCGCUGCACAGUAUGACACUCGGAUUGCCGGACGAUCCAACCGGCUCGGGACCGGUGAGCAGCUCCGGCUAUAGUGUGGUGGAUGCGGAGUUACCACGUCUCACAAUUGGAUCGCUCUCAUCCCCCGGCCGUCUAUCGCCCAAUCUCUUCCUGAACCUCAACUUCGAUCAUCUUAACUCGCUGGAUGGUAGUCGGUCCAGUAGUUUGACGUUUGAGUGGAACAGCUUCACCGGCACCAGUACCACCUCCACCUCGACCAAGCUUACUCCCUCGGGUACGUCAUACACCACCUCCGUGAACAGCUCAACCGACGGUCUAGGGACGGUUAGCGCGACCAAUCAGGAUGGUGCUGGUGGUGGUUGUUGCUCUCUACAUCCAAACGAUGGUACCACACAGCAGCAACAAGCGCUACAUCAUCAGCCACAUCAGCACCAUCAACAGCAUCACCAUCAGCAGCAGCAACAGCAACAUCCGGCCUCCGUGUACGAUGACGAGAUGAAGUUCCUGCACGUGGACCACUUUGGUGCGAUGGAAAGCUUCAAGCACGAGUCCCUGUUUAACCUCGAUCAAACACUGCUCAGUGCGUCGGGGCCUCCAUCCACCGAUCAACCGCUCACGCUGCUGCAGCAGCAAUCCCACCAUCAACAACUACCAUCACAUCCUCACCAGCAUCAUCAUCACCAGCAACAGCAGGUGCUGUGCGGUUCACAUUCGGCUCAAAAGAAUUCCCUCCAGCAGCAGCAGCAGCAGCAGCAGCAACAUCACCAACAUCACCAUCAUCACCAUCAUCACCACCAUCACCAUCCGCACCAUCAAGCGCAUCACGGUCAUCAUCUCGGUGUGCUGGUGGAUGAACUGUCCGGUUUCCCAUCGCUCACCGACCAUACUGGUGGUGGCGGUGAGGAUGAGUCUGUUACCGGCCAACCGGGAACAAACGCUUGUGUCGACGAUCAGCAACGAGCGUCACCUUCGGAGCUGCUCGAUCUUGAGCGACCGAUCAACAUACACAUCAACGUGGAGGACGGUCUCGAUACGCUGCACGCAGAUGAAAAAUUCUGACGCUAGCUAUCGACCACCCCUCGAGCACGCUUGGUCCAGUGUACAAACGGUGAUCGCGUGUGCGCGUGGUGUGUAACGAAGAGUGGCAGCGUGCCAGCUUGUAGCUAACUACUGUUUAGUGUUUUUUUUUUAAAUCUAGUCUGCCAUGUUUAAUCUAGUCUGUUGGAAAUCCGACUCCAAAAGCAUCAUUCCUCAAGGAACCCUUAGAGACCAUCUUUGGACAGUUAGUGACGUUAUAGAGCCAGUGUAUUGAUUGUCGGUUUUCAUCAAGUUACCAGCAAAACGGCUUUUGUUAUCUAUUUUCUUCAUCCCGUUACUAUCUUGCCAUCCUGCUGAACCAUUGAGUUAUAAAGGAAGAGAAAUAUAACAACUUUUUCACCCGGUAAAAAACGCGAUUGUACCAUCAAAUUGUGCGUUGCAGUUUUUAGCUUAAAUAAAACUAUUUCGACUGUGUUUGGUGAAUAUUUUACAAGCGUGUGUGUACGUGUAUUUCUGGUAGUGCCUUUCUGUAGAACUCCAUUAAGUAACACCGUUUCGGAUAUUGGA